AUGUAUCAAAAUAUUACUGAACAAAUUAUACUAGAAAUAAAAUUAAAUAAAUAUUUUUCUUUAUCUGUAGAUUCUACUCCCGAUGUAUCACACACGGAUCAACUUACUUUUAUAAUAAGAUAUGUUCUUGAAUCAGGAGAACCUGUUGAGAGGUUUUUGAAAUUUAUUCAACUUCCUGGCCAUAAAAGUAGUAUUAUGGAAACUAUUAUUUUAGAUACGCUUUUGUCUCUUGGCUUGGAUAUUAAUGAUUGUAGAGGACAAUCGUAUGAUAACGCGGCUAACAUGUCUUGUGCGUAUACAGGAUUGCAAGCAAGAAUUAAGCAACACUACCCGUUAGCAUUCUAUGUGCCAUGCUCGGCACUUUCGUUAAACUUAGUUAGUGUAGCAGCAGCUGAUUGUUGCUUACAAGCUACUAAAUUUUUUAUGUUUGUGCAAAAAAUAUUUGUAUUUUUUAGUGCUUCGACUGGAAGAUGGUCAGUACUUCUCAGACAUAUAGAAAACAGUAAUGAUACAAUUUUAUUACCAAAAUCACUAUCUCAGACCCGAUGGUCAGCAAGAAGUGAUGCAUGUAGAGCCUUGUUGUGUGGUUAUGAAUUGUUUUAUGAAGCUUUAAAAGAAAUUUCUUUAAAUCCUUCAGAAAAACCCGCAACCAAAGUCGAGGCUUUAGGACUAUGUAAAAGUUUUAAUAAGUUGGAAACGGGUAUAAUGACAGUUUUUUGGAAUGAUGUAUUACAAAGAUUUGAUAAAACAAGUAUAACUCUUCAAAAAGUUACAAUUAAUUUGUGUGAUGUUGUGUUGUUGUAUAAAUCACUAUUAAACUAUGUAAACGAAUUGAGGGAUCGUUUUGAUGAUUAUGAAGUUAUAGGAAAAAUAAUUUCAAAAUGCGAAAAUUAUGAAAAAGAUGAACAGAGAAAAAGAAAUAUUUCCAAACGGUUAGACAAAUAUAUCGAAAAUGAAGUCAUUUUAGAAGGAAAAGAAGCUAUGAAAAUAAAUACAUUUUUUGUGAUAAUUGACAAACUGGUCCUAGAAUUAUUAGAAAGAUCAAAAGCUUACACUGAAAUUGAUAGUCUAUUUAAUUUUUUUUCAGACUUGCUAUUUAUAUGCCCGAAAAUAUUAAAAGAAAGAACUAAAAGAUUAGUUGAAAAAUAUUCUAAUGACCUAGAAGAUGAGCUGUAUGAGGAAUGUUUACAUUUCAAGCAAUUUUUAAAUGAGAUUGAAAUAGAGGAGUCAGAUAAAAAAUCUCCCAGCAGGUAUCUAGUUUGGCUUCAUUUAGUGCGAAUUCAGAAUUACUAG